AUGGCCCCAGUUCCAGAUAUAGCAUACCAUACUUUGAACGACCUGGAUCAUUCAUGGUCCAUGGCACCAAGUGCCUCAACCAUUCCAAUGGGUGAAUACAUUUUCAGAAGAAUCCAAUCAUUAGGCGUAUCCAGUGUGUUUGGGGUUCCCGGAGAUUUCAAUCUGAACCUAUUGGAGCAUCUCUACUCAGUGGAAGGCAUGUCGUGGGUAGGUUGUGCCAACGAACUAAACUCUGCCUAUGCUGCAGACGGUUACUCUAGAGCUUCAAAUAAAAUGGGAUGUGUGAUAACAACUUUUGGUGUUGGAGAGUUGAGUGCAAUCAAUGGAAUAUCAGGUGCUUUCUCAGAGUACGUGCCUAUUCUUCAUAUUGUUGGAACAACUCCUCUCUCUGCCAAGAUUGCUGAAAACAAUCAUACCCAUCAUUUGGUCCCAAAGUUGUCUGUCUUUGAGCCGUCAGACCAUUUCACGUACGAAAAAAUGGUAGCACCUGUUUCUUGUCAUCAGGAAACUGUUGUAAAUGCUAGUGAUGCACCAGGACAGAUUGACACAUUGAUAAGACAGAUCUUGAAGUACAAAAGGCCAGGAUAUCUGUUUUUACCUUCUGAUUUGGCCGAUAUCAAUGUAGAUGGGGAUUUUUUAAUUCAAAGAACUACUCAACAAUUCUAUCAAUCCGUCGACACAAAUCAAUCUCUAACAAGAGAGGUUGCAACCAAGGUACUGGAUAAGAUAUACAAUUGUUCAAAUCCUGCCGUGCUGGGAGAUAUACUUUGCGAUCGUUUCCAAGUAACUGAACAUGUUAGAGCAUUUGUCAAAAAUGCAUGUAUCAAGAGUUUUUCCACUUUCAUGGGUAAAUCAGUCCUGGAUGAGAGUGACUCAAGAUAUAUCGGAACCUACAAUGGCGUGGAGUCAAAUAACGAGGUGAUUGGAUACUUCCAGGCUUCUGAUCUCAUAUUGCAUAUUGGAAACUACUACAAUGAAAUCAACUCUGGACAUGACACUUUGUACAACAACAUCGACGAAGAGCAAUUGAUCCUUAUGCAUCCAGAGUACAUCAAAAUUGGAACUGAGUUGUUCAGGAACGUCAACUUCGUGCACGUCCUAGACGUAAUGCUUCAAAUGAUGGAUGUGUCUCAAAUCCCCCGAGGCAUUAGCCCCACUUUAUCAAAGAAAGAGAUUAACCACAUCGAACACAUUUCAGCUUCCACUCCAAUUUCUCAAACACACCUUCUGCAUAAAUUGCAAGACUUCAUUAAGGAAGAUGAUUUUGUUGUAGUGGAAACAGGAUCUAUUAUGUUCGGACUUCCGGAUUUAGUCCUUCCAAAGGGUGCCCGUUUGUUUGGACAGCAUUUCUACUUGUCCAUUGGCUACGCUUUACCUGCUGCCCUAGGAGUAGGAGUUGCUAUGAAAGAUGGAAACAGUAAGGGAAGACUCAUCCUUUUAGAGGGAGACGGAUCCGCCCAAAUGACUAUUCAAGAAUUCGGAAACUAUGUCUACCAGCAAAUCACUCCUAUCAUUUUUCUCUUAAACAACAGCGGAUACACGGUGGAAAGAAUAAUUAAGGGGCCUCAAAGGGAAUAUAAUGAUAUUUUGCCAAACUGGAAUUGGACCGAAAUUUUUAAGACAUUUGGAGACAGAUAUGAAUCUAAAAGUGAAACAAAAAAGAUCCAAACUGUCGAGGAGUUGGACCAAGUUAUGCUGUACACCAAUAAUAACAAUUCCAAGCUGAAGCUUUUUGAAGUAAUACUUGAUCAAAUGGAUGUUCCUUGGAGAUUUAGUUAUAUGACUGCUGCCAGCAAGAACAAAGCCAAAAUCGUAGGUUAA